AUGAUUAAUAAAGCCCUAAUUGAAUACACGUCGAAUAACAUUCCUGCAAGUAUUGAGGAUAUUUCGUCUUUGAUAUACUCAGCACAAUGUGUAUAUCAACAGAUAUCAAGUAAAUUGACAUUCAAGUCGAAUUGGAAACAAAAAAUCCAAAAUAAAAUUGAAUCUUUGAUGGAGAAUGAUCGGUUAAUAUCAAAGCAUUUUAUGUCCACCACUAAAGAUGAGGAACGGAAGAAAGCAGUAGACAUUCUCUGCUCCUACAAUUAUAAGAAGUCUAAAAGGGGGGAGUUUGAGAGAAUAUCGUCUACAAUAAAUGAUCAAAUCAAAAUUCUAAACAAAAAGUUAUCAGUUUCAGAUUCAAGAAGGCAAUAUGGAAUAGAUAAUAGAAACUUCGAGUUGAACAGAAGAUCGUUCUACAGAAAGCUGAAUCCCAAUUCUGAUAACAAACAAAUUGCUGGUUUUGACUCGUCUGAGUGUCUCAAGUUUUGGGGUGAUGUUUGGAAGAAAAGGGAUAAAACUGAUUUGGGCCUUGGAGUGAACAAAAGAGUAACUGGAGUGGAAGAUAAUGCACCUGACGUUAGCGACGAGUUUAUAUCAAACUUAAUUGAGUACCUUCCUAAUUGGAAGGCUCCGGGAUGUGAUGCUGUGUACAAUUUCUUUAUCAAAAAGCUGGACUCUCUUCACAAAUUUCUUUUCCAAGUGAUCAGAAAUAUUAUUAAUGGUGUCAGUCAACCACAAGGAUGGUUUUACACUGGAAUUACAUUUUUAAUCCCAAAGAAAGCAAACUCUGUUGAUCCGAAGGACCUUAGACCAAUUACAUGCAUGCCGUGCUUAUAUAAAUUGGUCACAAAAUGUGUGAACGAAAAAAUCGCUGUAUAUGCUGAUACUUACGAUCUGAUAACGGAGUUCCAGUUGGGAUCUAAACGCCAUUGCCAAGGAGCAAAGGAAUUAGCGCUUCUAAAUAGAUGCGUUAAUGAAGUUUAUGGAAACAAAUUAUUAUGUGCAUGGAUCGACGUAAAGAAAGCUUUUGACUCAGUGAGUCACGAAUUUCUUUUUGAAGUUUUGGAAAACUCAGGACUACCUAAAUGGAUAACGAAAUUUAUGAUGUCAAUAAUUCCUAACUGGAGAGUGUCGUUAAGAUUAGGAAAAGAGCUGCUUGGAACAGUUAAUAUUGAUCGUGGUAUACUCCAAGGUGACUCACUGUCACCACAGUUAUUUGUAUUGGUCUUGGAUCCAUUAAGCAGGAUUUUAUCUUUAAAAUAUCCGAGUAUGUCAAUCAAUACUGGUGAAGACAAGUCCUUAACCUUUUCUACCAAUCAUUUUCUAUUCAUCGAUGAUUUGAAGCUUUUUGCUCAGAAGGAAGAGACACUGGCACGCAUGAUGGAGGAUGUGAACAUUUACUUUAAACUGGCUGGUUUGGAGAAGAAUUUUGAGAAAUCAGCGACAAAUUGUUAUUUGUUGAGGAAUGAAGCUACAUUAAUGGAUGGACUAGAUAGCUAUCGCUAUCUGGGGGUGCUAGAAGACAGAUGCAGUAAUGCUCUUAAAGAGGAUGUACUCAAAAAUAUUAAAGAAGAAAUGCAAAAGCGUAUUGGAAGACUAUCGGAAACUAAACUAAAUGCAGUCAAUCUAUUUAGAGCAAUUAAUGAGCAUGCUCUAUCGCUGAUUAACUAUUAUAUCGGUCUACUCGAUCUGGAACCAUCUUGUUUCGAAGAAAUGGACAAGUUUGUCAGAAAGCUGUUGGCUGAUUUGAAAAUUCACAUGAAGCCAGCCUGUAAAGAAAGACUGUAUCUGCCAAGAGAUACACUUGGAAGGGGACUUGUAUCAGUUGCCUUUAAGGCGGAAAAAAUGCUGUUGGACUUCAAAACCAAUUUGGAAAGGCGAAAGUUAAUCUCCUUGAGAAAAGCAGCAAUUUUGUGGGCCGAACAGAAAAGGAAAACCCAUAUGGCCACAAUCACAGAAUUCUUGCAUUGUAAAUAUGGAACAACCACACUCGAUGAGAUUGCUAAAUCACUACGUGACUUGCAGAUAGAGUCACUGUUGCUUAGUAUUAAAAAGAAAAGGUUGCAUUCGAAGCUAUUUGAGUCGCUUGAAAAUAAUACUUUUGAUAUCCCAACAUCUUCAACAUGGCUAAAGAAAGGGAAUAUAUCUCCUAAAUCUGAGGCAAUGUUCUCUUUUCUUCAAGACAGAAACGUCUUUUUCAGAAACUCUGAUGAAAAAUGCCCACAUUGUAAAUCCUCGCCUAAAACCGUGGACCAUCUUGCGACGCGAUGCAGUAGAAUGCUAAAUUCAGAUUAUACCAGAAGGCAUAACGAGAUUGUGAGGUGUGUUCACAUGCACUUGUGUCGGAGAUUUGGAAUGAAGAAGUCCAAGAGACUGAAAAACCACUCCGUGCAGUGUAUAAUGUCGAAUAGCUCUGCGGAAAUUCGGGUCGAUACUACAAUUCCAACUGAACUAAAAAUACAAUAUAACAAGCCUGAUAUAUUCCUGUAUGACAAGAAGGAAAAUUUGAUAUGGAUCAUUGAAGUGGGUGUUACCUCGAUAGAUAAUUUGAAAUCGGUGGAAGUGGAAAAAAUGCAUAAAUACGACAUUCUAGCCAGUGAAUUACAAUUAAUUCACAAGGCUAAGGUAAAGAUUGUACCGAUUGUCCUCACGUGGGAUGGGAUAGUCUCUACAUUCUUCAGAAAAUAUAUGGACCUUCUUAAAAUCAAAGAAAGUGUGCAAGCAUACAUCCAGACUGUUGGUUUGAAAAAAACAAUGGAAAGCAUGAUAGUAGAACACAAAUUUGGCUUCGAAAAUAUGUCUACCUCAGGUAACUCAUUUGACGAAGGACGGAAAUCGGUGAAGAGACGGCGAGAUUCUGUAGUUUCCGCCGAUGAAGGAAACAACUCCGAAGUGGGAACAGAUAGCGGGAAGAGGAUUCCGAGAGUAAACUUGGCGGAGCAAACUAAUAUGGAAAAGGAAAGUUAA